AUGUUUUGCUUUUGUUGCAAGUUGUUUAAGCAAGAUGGAAACAAUAUUCAUUUGGCUACUGAUGGAUUGAAAGAUUGGAAGAAUAUGGGCAACAAGCUUAGAAGUCAUAAAACUAGUAAUGAGCACUUUAUUUGCACGAGCAAAUGGAUUGAAUUGGAAAGUAGAUUGAAGAAGAAUGAAACAAUUGAUAGAAGUGUUCAAGAACAAAUCAACAAAGAGAGAGAACACUGGAGACAAGUGUUACUAAGGAUAAUUGCUAUUGUGAUCACUCUUGCUAAAAAUAAUUUAGCUUUUCGUGGAGACAAUGAGAAGAUUUAUCAAGAAAGAAAUGGAAUCUUUUUAAGCUUAAUUGAACUGCUUGCUAAAUUUGAUCCAGUAAUGCAAGAGCACAUUCAAUGUAUUCAAAGGAGUGAAAUUCAUUACCAUUAUCUUGGCCACAAAAUCCAAAAUGAAUUGAUACAGAUGUUAACGAGUGAGAUCAAGAGUACGAUUGUGGCAAGAAUCAAAGAAGCAAAAUAUUUUUCAAUUAUUCUUGAUUGUACUCCAGAUGUUAGUCAUGAAGAACAAAUCAAGACAUUUCAAGCUGAAGACAUGCAUAUUGAUGUUGCUAUACAUCAAUUAAAAGGACUCAUUACAUUUCUUGAAAAGUAUAGAGAAACUGGAUUUUUGGAGGCCAUGAUUGAAGCUAAAGAAGUUGCAAUUGAAAUGAAGAUUGAACCUACAUUUCGUGAAAGGUGUGUCAUUCGUAGAAAGAAACAUUUUGAUGAGAAUAAGUUAAAUUCUACCAAUGAUGAGUCCUUGAAGACUUAUUGUGCUAAUCUUGAAGACUUUUUGAAACAUGAUGGACUUAUGGAUGUUGAUGGGAGAGAUUUAUGUUCUGAGUUGAAAGUCUUCAAAGAAAUUUUGCCAAAAGAAAUCAAUAGGCCAAUUGAGGUGAUGAAUUAUUUGAAAUUGAUGGAUGGUUAUUUUCCAAAUGCCUGGAUUGCGUAUAGAAUAUUAUUGACUAUUCCAGUUACCAUUGCCUCUGGAGAAAGAAGUUUUUCAAAGUUAAAAUUGAUAAAAUCCUACCUUCGAUCAACAAUGUCACAGGAAAGAUUGAAUGGAUUAGCUAUAUUGUCUAUUGAAAAGGAUUUGGUAGAUAAAUUAGAUUAUACAAACUUAAUUGGUGAUUUUGCAGCUAAAAAUGUAAGAAGAGUAGUAUUUAAGUGA